UGUAUUUCCGGUAAUCUCAUAUUGUGUAUUUGCAGUUUCUCCAGAAAACAGAGAGAAGAGAGGUCCCGGUCACGUAAGUAUACAAACCUGGAUAUUCGGGCGAAUAAAUGCCACCAAGUAUGACCAAGAGCUCGGCGAAUAAACUGACAAAUGGAGAUGUUUUCCACCGGACAUCCAACGGUAAGACAUCAUCGAGAAGGAACGGUUUCGUGAAGAAUCAUUGCUUGUUCCAACAACCGCAACAGAAGAAUCGGCGCCCGAGUGAGAACAACCAUGUUGUUCGUAACGCCAGCCUGUACAACAAAGAGUUUGUGGAGCAGUUUGAGGAGACUCCUCUGCUUGUGGCGGUUCUCACAUACGUGGGCUAUGGGAUCCUGACCAUCUUCGGGUACCUGCGGGACUUCCUCCGGCACUGGGGCAUGGAGAAGUGCCAUGUAGCCAGAGAAAGGGAAGAGCAGAAGGACUUUGUUCCACUGUACCAGGACUUUGAGAACUUCUACACCCGGAAUCUAUACAUGCGUAUCCGUGACAACUGGAACAGGCCGAUCUGCAGUGUUCCAGGAGCCAAGAUGGACCUGUUGGAGAGGGCCUCCAAAGACUACAACUGGACCUUCCAACACACAGGCAAGGUGGUGAAAGACGUGAUCAACAUGGGUUCAUAUAACUACCUGGGCUUUGCUGAGAACACUGGGAGGUGUGCCGACGCUGCCACAGAGUCCACCCACCACUAUGGCGUUGGAGUGGGUAGCACCCGCUAUGAGAUGGGUAACCUGGACAUCCAUGAGGAGUUGGAACAGCUGGUUGCUAGGUUCCUGGGGGUGGAGUCAUCUAUGGCCUUUGGGAUGGGCUUCGCUACCAACUCCAUGAACAUUCCGGCUCUGGCUGGAAAGGGCUGUUUGAUCCUGAGUGAUGAGUUAAACCAUGCCUCUCUGGUGCUGGGCGCUCGGCUGUCUGGAUCCAUCAUCAGAGUCUUCAAGCACAACAAUAUGGUGAGUCUAGAGAAGCUGUUGAGAGACGCCAUCGUCCACGGCCAGCCCAGAACACGCAGGCCCUGGAAGAAGAUCCUCAUACUGGUCGAAGGAAUAUACAGUAUGGAAGGAUCCAUCGUGCGUCUGCCUGAGGUGAUAGCCCUGAAGAAGCGCUACAAGGCCUUUCUCUACCUGGACGAGGCCCACAGCAUCGGGGCACUAGGACCUCGUGGUGGAGGGGUGGUCGACUACUUUGCUCUGGACCCCAAAGAUGUUGACAUCAUGAUGGGAACGUUCACUAAGAGCUUUGGUGCUGCUGGAGGGUAUAUCGGAGGAAAGAAGGAGUUGAUAGACUACCUGCGGUCCCACUCCCACAGUGCUAUCUACGCCACCUCCAUGUCUCCUCCUGUGUCCCAACAGAUCAUCACUUCUAUGAAGAUUAUCAUGGGGGAGGACGGUACCACUCUGGGUGUGGUUCGUCUGAGGCAGCUGUCAGAGAACACUACGUAUUUCAGGAGGAAACUCAGAGAGAUGGGCUUCAUCAUCUAUGGCAACGAUGACUCUCCUGUUGUACCCAUGAUGCUCUACAUGCCCGCCAAGAUAGGGGCGUUCGGUAGGGAGAUGUUGAAGAGGAACAUUGGGACGGUGGUGGUUGGCUUUCCGGCAACGCCCAUCAUAGAGUCCAGGGCCAGGUUCUGUGUGUCUGCUGCCCACACCAGAGAUAUUUUGGACACGGCGUUGGAGGCCAUCAGUGAGGUAGGAGAUAUAUUACAGCUGAAGUAUUCUAGACACCAGAGACGUCCUCAUCUCCCCUCCUCCCUGGGUUCAUGGUCCUCUGAGGAGAGUCUGCUCCAGGAGCCCAGCCACAUCAAGCCUUCUGUCAUGUAACUAACUGAAAUUGCCUACACUGGUGUAGGGUCAAGUUGCCUCUAGAUGCUGAUCUUGUCAGUUUAGUAUUUUUCCUCACUAAUAGUUGUUGUUAGGAUUGGGGGAUGGAAAGCUGAUCCUAGAUCUGUACCUAAGUGAAACUUCACCAGGUCUGAACAGUCACCAUGUGCCCAGAGGGUUUUCAUAAUGCAUCUUAACUUAUUGUGACUUCAUUUUUUUUUUUGAGUUUGUACCUUAAUGUUGAGUCUUAAAUAUGUCUUUGUGCAUUAUGGGGUCUUCCAAUGCAAUAAUAACAAGAUUACAUUGACAUUGUAGUAAUUUCGAAGACUCUCUUAUCCAGAGCCACUUACUGGAGCACCUUGCUCAACGGCACAUUGACAGCUGUUUCACUGAUUCGGCUCAGGGAUUCGAACCAGCUACCUUUUUUAGCUUACAGGCCCAACACUUUAAACCAAUAGGCUACCUGCUGCGGUUCUUACAUGCAUUUUCAGCUUUUAAGAUAGAUAGGUUUUAAUAUUAAAAUAUACAGUACCACUUGUUUGGUUAUACCAAUGGUUGGUUACUGGCCGGAGUUAUGUAACAGACAAAGUAAAUAAAUAAUAUCUAUCAUUCCUUACGUUAGUAGAGCACUGUUGAUAUGGGUAAAAUACCCCAUCCCCACCUAAAUAUAGGCCUUCAUAUCACAUGGGGUACAUCAAGUGUCAACCUUUUUAUUUUAUUUAACUUAAACCUUUCCACUCUAAUCAGUGUUUUAUACUUGAAUAUUGUCAUUGGGUCCUUUCUCUAACCAAAUAUAUGUAUUGUACAUUAUCUACUGUUUAUACUGUAAAUUAACAUGUCAACAUCUUCUUUGACUUAACAUCGUAGCUAGUCACCAAUCACAGAGCUGCUUUCCAUGAGUAGUCCUAGCUCUCUCUGUAAUCUACGUAUCACACCUGGCUCAUGUUCAUUAGGGCACGUCUCUGCCAAAACAAGCAUUUCUUAUUGGACAAGCCCUGGUAGUCCCUCCCAGUUUCAGUUAGUUUUUGUUCCAUUUUGUGCCUAAUGAACACGACUUUGUUCCAAAAAGAUCUGUUGAGAUAUUUAGAAUAGUAGGGGGGGGAUCCCUUUGAAGAGCCGACCAUGUGGUGAAUGUUUUUUUUUAUUUUCUAUCAUCUUUUUCAGCCUUUAAUAUUUAGUGUUCUUUACACCUGUGCUGGAAUAACUUGAACUCAUAUGUCUUAAACAGAGUCUUUAACGUAUCCAUGAAUGAAGAUGCUCUAAUACUGCUAUAGGAUAAAUAAGAGCCAGGUCGUGUUGUGUGUUUCUUAGGAUCGGCUUCCUGGAAUAGAAAAUACAUAUAUUUCAAUGGAGAUUCUUGCCUUCAUCUGUGUGCGGGAAACUGCCCGUUACUGAAGACACAUGUCAUGUGAAUAUCUAACGGUAUAUCUAAACCUAAGUGCUUAUACUAUUAUUAAACAACCCAGCGCUGAUGUCUUCUUCCUGAACAAUGACACGCUGGGUGUAAUGUAACCACACUGUCUAUCUGUACGUAUGACCAUGCUGCAUCCUAACCAUGCUUCUCUGAUGUACAGAUAUGUCCUUAUUCGGAAAACACUUCCUAUGGAUACCCUCUUUAUAAGGUAUUAUAAGUGCAUCCAUAAUGCCUUAUGAGCUAUGCAUUAUAAUGCCUUAUGAUCUAUGUAUAAUGCCUUAUGAGCUAUGUAUAAUGCAUUAUAAUGCCUUAUGAGCUAUGUAUAUUGCAUUAUAAUGCCUUAUGAGCUAUGUAUAUUGCAUUAUAAUGCCUUAUGAGCUAUGUAUAUUGCAUUAUAAUGCCUUAUGAGCUAUGUAUAUUGCAUUAUAAUGCCUUAUGAGCUAUGUAUAUUGCAUUAUAAUGCCUUAUGUAUAUUGCAUUAUAAUGCCUUAUGUAUAUUGCAUUAUAAUGCCUUAUGUAUAUUGCAUUAUAAUGCCUUAUGAGCUAUGAAUAUUGCAUUAUAAUGCCUUAUGAGCUAUGUAUAUUGCAUUAUAAUGCCUUAUGUAUAUUGCAUUAUAAUGCCUUAUGAGCUAUGAAUAUUGCAUUAUAAUGCCUUAUGAGCUAUGUAUAAUGCACAAAAUAGGUUUAAUACAGGACGUUUUUCUAUUUAUUGCAAAUUCCCUAUAGUAUUUCAAUCUGCCUUGUUUUGGGGAAGAUGUUUCUAAUAUAGUAUCUCUGUGGGUUGCAGCUCUAUGUUCUACAGCAGUUCUUCUAAAUUCCAUUUAAAGUCAGCCAUUUCAGGAAGUUACAUUUCAUGGAAUUUCAGUUUGGAAAUGUUUAUUCAGAAAAUUCAGAAAACUAUUAGAAUUGACCUCCUGAAUUGACUUGAUUUGUAAUGGAAUUGACCCCCAACCCUGUUCCAGAGUACCUAUGUACGUGUGUUUUUAAUAACUGACAUGUCUUCAGUGCUAGUACUACUGAUGGGCAUUGGAAAUGCAAAGAUGAUGUAGCCUCACUGAAACGACAGGCUUUACUGCUGGCUAACGACAGGCUUUACGGCUGGCUAACGACAGGCUUUACGGCUGGCUAACGACAGGCUUUACGGUUGGCUAACGGCUGGCUUUACGGCUGGCUAACGGCUGGCUUUACGGCUGGCUAACGACAGGCUUUACGGCUGGCUAACGACAGGCUUUACGGCUGGCUAACGACAGGCUUUACGGCUGGCUAACGGCAGGCUUUACGGCUGGCUAACGACAGGCUUUACGGCUGGCUAACGGCUGGCUUUACGGCUGGCUAACGACAGGCUUUACGGCUGGCUAACGGCAGACUUAACGGCUGGCUAACGACAGGCUUUACGGCUGGCUAACGAAUGCUUGGUUUGAAGGAAGCGUCUUUUUACCGCCGACUGUCUCACAAUGAUUCUUCUUAUCUGAUAUGGCAUUCCAGAAUUAGCUGAUUUUGUUUUGGCUGGCUUGUAUAUUUAUUUUAUUUGUGUAAAUUAUAUAUUUGAUUUUCAAUGGGACAACCUAUGGGUCAUUUCAAGUGUAAUAUUGUGAUAAGUCAAAUAUCCGGUUUGUAGUUGAGGUGUGUGAGUGUAGAAAUGUAUCGAACAGAACUGAGGCUAGCACUGUGAUCAUUCCACCACUACAAGCUCCUUUUAAACUAUCUCUUGACAUUUUAAAGUGUCUAGAAUUUGUUUAACAGUAAAACUGAAACCUUGUUGAUUCUGCAUUGUAUUUAGUUCAAGCUGGGUGGGCCCAUGUAGUUAGUCUCUCUUGGUCCCGAAUGGCACUCUUUUUUUCCUAUAGUGUACUACUUUUAACCACAGCCUUAGUCAAAAGUAGUGCACUAUAAAGGCAAUGGGGCACAAUUUGGGAUGCCUGCUCCGUAUCCUGUUCCCAUCUCUAUUGAGACAGGAUGUGAUUGCUCAUAUCCAGCAACAUGAUCUCAGGAAAGCUUUUUACAUUUCUACAAAGCAAAUAACAUUUAGCUUCAUAUGUCAUUAAUCACUGGCCCAUUUUUUUUUUAAAGCAAAUGUGUUUUUAAAAUGAAAAGAUUAAAAAGUUCUUUGAUGUAAAAUGACAUUGUUUAACCAGCAAUGGGAGAGAUUUGUGAACUGACCUACUAUGUACGCGGCUGUAUAAAUCCUGUAUGUUAUCAGUAGGCUUUUAGCCUUGGCAAGUUCAAUGUUUGGAGAUAGUUAGGGUUGAAAGAUAAACCAUUUGAGGUUUUUGAAGCAAUGGUGUGUGUUAAACCGUGCUGUUGGAAACGGUGCUGAGAUUAAAUCUGUCUUUGUUUGUAUCAAGCUCUAGGUUAGAUUUGUCUUUUGGCCAAGGUCUAUACACAUACGCACGAUGUGUAAUGUCAUCUAUCGGAAAGUCUUUACAGAAUGAAUACCAUUAAAUGACUUACAACCUGUUUGUAUCUUAAAGAA